UGGCGCUAAAACCUGACAGCUAAACAUAAACAAAUAUUCAUUUCGUUCAAAACAUUCGAAUAAAUAAUUGUCCAAAAUAUAAUUUGUUACAGCCGAUUUCCACGGUAUUUAUAAUCGAACAAAAUGAGCGAGAAAUUGUUAAUCGAAUACUGUCAACGUGUUGGCGUUCUUGAUGACGACGUAAUUGAAAAAUCAAAGGAAUACCUUCGUUUGAUUGGAAUGAAAAAGUGCACAUCGAACGAGACUGUAAAGAUAGUACUUAGUAUUGAUUGUGCAGCAUCUUCGUGCAAUUCUGAAUUUCAAACCGAAGUUGCUAUUCAAUUGUCAGGACUGAAGAAAAAGGAGUAUGGUAAGCAAAAAGGAUUGUUUGAAAAGUUGCUUGAUUUGGGGAAAAAGUCAACAUUGGAUGCUGCUCCAGCAAAAGAAAAUGGUAGAACAAACAAAACGAAAAAUGUCCCGGAAAUCAGCAUUCCACGCAAAGAUCAGAAUAAUAGCGACAAAAAUACCGUUCAAGUCGAGCCUGAAAUUCAGUCAUAUGAAGAAUGGCGGGAUUGCAUGAUCAAAAGAGCCAAAGAGGAAUUGGAGAAAAUUCGGCAACAGUAAUUUAGGAUGGAGGCGAAAUGCAUUUAAUAUUAAAAUAGUACAUAUGUAUAAUCAAGUAUCUUGGAAAUGUU